AUGAUUGGAGCUGAAGUUGACGAAUUUGAAGUUGAGGUUGAAGCUCGCGACGAUAUAGGAGAGCUCAGGACCGAAGUUGAUGCACUCAAAGCAGAGCUGAAGGCCUUGAAAGAGUCCAGCCAACAAAAACGUGACAGAAGUAUAGCGCGAAAACAAAAUGGCGUCUCGGAGAAUGUGUUUGAAACUUAUUUAAGCGAUGCACUAUCGAAAUUGGAGAGCUCUGGUUUUAAGUUUUGCCUGAAAUCUGAACAAAAAAAAGCUAUAGAAACUUUAUACUCUGGAAAAGACGUUCUCGGAGUUCUUCCAACUGGCUUUGGAAAGAGUCUAAUCUUUCAGAUUCUGAUUUUGGUGGCUAGUGAAGGAGCGGUUCGUGAAGGAAAUACUAGUAAACAAAGCAAACCUACAAUAUUAGUGAUUUGUCCUCUUCGUAGUCUGAUCUGUGAUCAACUAAAAGAAGUCCAGGACCUCGGAAUAACAGCUUCUUCGUUGCCAGAAGCUAGCACAGAAGACAUUAAUCAAGGCAAAUACCAAAUUAUUUACUCGUCUGCCGAGCAUGCUACUGACCAAAAAUUCCUACAGUCAACUCUAAAGACAGGACCGUUCCAUGACAGUAUGGUCGCAUUGGUAGUUGAUGAAGCUCAUAUGCUAGAAACCUGGACUGGAAGAAGAAAAACUGGAAAUGCUGGUGAGAAGUUGAAAGUCUUCAGAAAAGCCUUUGGAGAACUGGCAAUGUUAAGAUCAUUUUGUAAGAAAGGUACUCCCAUCUUGGCACUUACUGGAACUGCUGACAAAACAACAUCCGAUCUAAUAAAGAGAGAUCUAUUGCUUAAGGACCCAGUGUGUUUGACUGUGAGCCCCGAAAGAAAGAAUAUCCGAUUCAGUGUCAACGAAGACGAAAUGUUUGACCAACUUUCAUGUCUUAUUCAAAUAAUCAAAGAAACGUCAAAAGAAUGCCCUAAAACUCUCAUCUUUUGUACAGCAAGAAAUGAUAUAGCAGCAGUUUAUAAUUAUCUGAUGUUCAAACUAGGACACCAUGCCUAUUAUACUUCUACUGAUGGAAAGAGAGAGUCCUUGGUUGGAAUUUAUCAUUCCAAUUCUUUUGAAGAACAAAAAGAAAGGAUUUUCUCUGACCUCAAAUGCCAGGGACAUAAGCGCAUAGUGGUGGCAACAUCAGCGUUGAGCAUGGGAGUAAAUUUUAUUGAAUAUCUGAGAGGAUAUUUUUCUACAUUCACCUUCAUGAUUAUGGUGUGA